AUGGCACUUUCCCAGGGACUGUUUACAUUCAAGGAUGUGGCCAUAGAAUUCUCCCAAGAGGAGUGGAAGUGCCUGGACUCUGCUCAGAAGGCCUCGUACAGGGAUGUGAUGUUAGAGAACUACAGGAACCUGCUCUCCCUAGAUGUUUCUGAGGAAUUAUCAUCAAAAGAAGACAAUAAAGAGGAAUUAUACCAUCUGGUGAUAUUGGAAAGAAAUGAAAGCCAUGGCAUCAAGAAAGUCUGGAAAAAUAUGCAUAAGUUUGACAGCCGGUGGGGAUAUGAUACAAGAAAUUACAAAGGAGUGCCUUUUACCCAUAACAGAAAUCAUAGAAAAGAUCAACAACAUAAUAAAUCUUCAAUUAAUUUUUCUUUGAAGCAUAAUGUUUCUGUAAGAGAUAAUACCUACCAAUAUUUUGUACAUAGCAAGCCAUUCGUAAGGAAUUUGUUAAAACUGAAAAAUAACAUAAGCUGUACUGGAAACAAGUAUGUGAAGUGUUUUGAAAAUAGGAUUGGAUUAAGCCUAACAGCACAUCUUACUGAACUGCAGAGAUUUCAAACUGAGGAGAAAACUUAUGAAUGUAAUCAAGUUGAGAAGUCUAUCAACAAUAGUUCCUUAGUUUCACCACUUCAAACAAUUCCUCCUACUGUCAAAAACAUUUGUAAUAAAUAUAGGAAGAUUUUAAAACCCCCUUUGUUACCUACACUAUACAGGAGAACACACAUCAGAGAAAAGUCAUACAAAUGUAAUGACUGUGGAAAGGCUUUUAGCAAAAGUUCCAACCUCACUAAUCAUCAGAGAAUUCAUUCUGGACAGAGACCUUACAAAUGUAACGAGUGUGGCAAAGCCUUUAACCAGUGUUCAAACCUCACAAGACAUCAGAGAGUCCAUACAGGAGAGAAACCAUAUAAAUGCAAUGUAUGUGGCAAAGUCUUCUGUAGUCAAAAUUCAAACCUUGCAAGUCAUCAGAGAAUGCAUACUGGAGAAAAGCCUUACAAAUGUAAUGAAUGUGGUAAAGUAUUUAUCCAGCGUUCACAUCUUUGGGGUCAUGAGAGAAUUCAUACUGGAGAGAAACCUUACAAAUGUAGUGAAUGUGACAAAGCCUUUGCUGAGCGUUCAAGCCUUACUCAACAUAAGAGAAUCCAUACUGGAGAGAAACCUUGCAUAUGUAGUGAGUGUGGCAAAGCUUUUAAGCAGUGCUCACACCUCACUAGACAUCAGAAUAUUCAUCCUGGAGAGAAACCACACAAAUGUAAUGUGUGUGGCAAGGCUUUCAUCCACAGUUCAAGCCUCCUGGAACACCAGAGAAUUCAUACAGGAGAAAAACCUUACAAAUGUAAUAAAUGUGAUAAGGCUUUUAUCAGAUGUUUGCACCUGUGGGGUCAUCAAAGGACUCAUACUGGAGAGAAACCCUACAAAUGUAGUGAGUGUGGUAAAGCCUUUACUGAACGUUCAAAUCUUACUCAACAUAAGAAAAUCCAUACAGGAGAGAAACCUUACAAAUGUAAUGAAUGUGGCAAAGCUUUUACCCAAUUUGCAAACCUUACUAGACAUCAAAAAAUACAUACUGAAAAGAAACAUUGUAAACAUAAAAUACGUCGUAAUGCUUUUAUCCAAAGUUCAAACCUUGGGCAUCAUCAGAAAACCAGAGAAAAACAUAACAAAUAUAAUGAAUAA